GAAUGCGAAGAAUCAGUCAACGGUUGUAUAUCAUCGACGUCGGUUCAAGUAAUUCAUAUCUGUUGGAUAUUUAACGAACACAAAAGUUAACCUGGUUUGUUUAAAAGUCAUACCGUCGCGAAAUAUGAUUGGAUAACUUUGGUGGAUAUAUUUGAUAUCAAUUGUGGAAUAUUUUACUUUUUCAGCGAUAUUUCAUUUUGGGGUGAUAUAACCAAACGUGUUUGUGAACAAAAAGUGUAUAAAACAAAAGUGGAUAUUUUUCCGAUUUGUUUUAAAACAAAAACUAUAACAAUUUUGACCGAAAUCACCAAAGUUCCCCCCAGAGUUGUCGCACUGGCGUCAUAUUUGGGGGAACGAUACUCGCCAUCACUGAACCGGACUACUGCAAAAGACGUAAUGGCGUUUGGCUCAGUUCUGCAACAUACUCAACACAACAUUGGUCAUGUAGAGUCAUCAGUUGGUGUUGGUGACCAUUGUGCCGGUUGUAGUCAGCCCAUUUUAGAAAAAUUCCUUCUAAAUGUGUGUGAACGUCGAUGGCACCAGCAUUGUGUUCGUUGUAGUGAAUGUAAUGGAUCUUUGAUCGAUAAGUGUUUUAGCCGAGAUGGAAAAUUAUUCUGUAAAAAAGAUUUUUUUAGGCGAUAUGGCACAAAAUGCGGCGGUUGCAAUCAAGGAAUCUCACCGUCGGAAUUAAUCCGAAAAUCGCGAGACAAUAAAGCGUUUCAUUUACUGUGUCUCACUUGUUGUGUAUGCCGGGGUGAAAUUAGCACUGGGGAUCAAUUAUAUAUAGUGGACGAUAAUAAAUUUUUGUGUGAAAAACAUUAUCUGUUACAAAAAAGCCAACAUUCAUUAUAUUCAGAUCCGCUAUUGGGCUCCGGUUCCGAAGAUGAAGAAGAUGACGAACCAACACAUCAUAUUCGUGGUUCUAGUUUGGGAUUAGGUGCGUUAGUCGGAUUGGGUGGAAAUGUAUCAGAUUCUCUUAUCACCUUAGGUCCAUCUGAUAUGUCAGUACAAAGUACGAAUAGCGAUAAUAAAAUGACACAAGAUGAUUCUGAUCAAGGCUCAAUUGAUGGUGAUCCUGAUUGCCGUGGUGAUUCACAGGCAGAAAAUAAAAGUCCUGAUGAUGGGGCAAAUGGUUCGAAACGGCGUGGUCCACGAACAACUAUCAAAGCCAAACAGCUAGACGUUUUAAAAAAUGCAUUCAGUCAGACACCAAAACCAACGCGUCACAUCCGUGAACAACUCGCUAAAGAAACUGGUUUGCCAAUGAGAGUGAUACAAGUAUGGUUCCAAAAUAAGCGAUCAAAAGAACGACGAAUGAAACAACUAACGAGUAUGGGUCGCGGACCAUUUUUCGGUGGUGCAAGAAAAAUGCGUGGUUUUCCAAUGAAUCUAUCCCCGGGAGGUUUGGAUGAAGCGGGUUUUCCAUAUUUUAGUCACGAUGGAAAAUUUGAGUUUGGUUAUGGUGGCCCCCCAUUUCAUUCACAUGGUAGUGAUGCUCCAUUCUUUCCUGGACAUCCCAUUGGACCACUGCCGUUUAAUGCGUCAGGGCCAAUUGAUCACCCAAACACUUUGCCAAUGGUGAAUGAAAUGAGGUAUGACACGGGAGGCAUGACACCGGAGUCAAAUUUCAUGAAUCAAAGUUCGUCGAAUCAAAGUGGAAGUGGUGGUGGUGUAAAUGGGCCCGGAAAUCAAGAUAACAUUAUCAGCAAUCAAAGAAAUGCAUCUCCUUCAGAAUUUCUGGGAUCGAGCAACUUCUCGGAACCACAAAAUUUGCAAAACGAGGGUUUAGUUUGGUAAAACAUUACAUGGAUUUAUAAUGAAUGAGAUUUUUUUUUUCGAAAAAUCUUCAAAUAUUCGAUCAUAUUUUUAAGCUACAGUCUAAGAAAAGUGUAAAUAAUAAAUACAUACUUUCAAAAGAACUGUUUUAAUCGACUCUAUUGAUUUCAUUGAAGAUGCAGACGUAGGAUUGUUAGCAAAGAUUUUUUUCACAGGAAUUUUUAUUAGAUGUAACUCAUGUAUAAAAUAAUAUCAAAUUGCUUACUUGAUGAAAAAAGCGCUAAUUUCAAAAAUAAAUAUUCGUACAUGGACACGGAAGAAACCGAAGGAAGAAGUAACUCAA